CUGCGGCAUGGUAACAUGUCCGCGCCCUUGAAAAACAAUUUUCCGCAGACAUCAAGUUGUACAUUUGUAUACACAGCUUUCACAUGUUUUGAUAUAUAUACAGAGAAAACAAAUGCCGAGAAAGAAACCAUUUAGCUCAAAACAGAAAAAGAAACAGUUACAAGAAAAGAGGCAAAGGAAACAAGCAAGUGGACCAAGCUAUUUACAUGAUAGUGACAGUGAUGAGGCAGAAGAGGGAUUGAAGGUGGUAUCUGCAGCUGGGAAGGACUCGAAACAUGAUUCAGAGGCUGGAAAGACGGAGGAUGGGGCAGUAAGGGAGAAGCUAAAUCUUGAUAAACAUGUAGAGAAGAUAAAUUCACAGCCAAAUGUUCUGCCACAACAUGGCAGAUAUGACCCAAACAGAUAUCGCCUGCACUUUUUCAAGGAAAGUAGAGAUGAUAUGGCCAAAAGGAAGGAGAGAACAAGACAGCCAUACACACCUUUACCAGAGGAAUGCCUUGAAAUGGACAUGGAUAUUGGCGGUGGAAAUUUUAUCGACAUACCAAAACGUCCACCAUGGGAUUAUAAACACUCAAAGAAACAGUUAGAAAAUAAUGAAGAGAGAUAUUUUAAGAGUUAUUUAGAUACCUUAUUCAGUGAACAUAACCCGGAGAAGCUGAGCUACAUGGAGUUGAAUCUAGAAACAUGGCGACAACUGUGGAGGGUUCUUGAAAUGUCGGAUGUUUUCUUGAUAAUUACUGAUAUCAGGCAUCCUGCUAUGCAUUUCCCACCUGCACUGUAUACAUAUAUUACAGAGGAACUGAAGAAGUCGGUUAUCAUUGUACUGAAUAAAGUUGACUUAGCUCCACCACCAUUGGUUGUUGCCUGGCAACAUUAUUUCAAAGAACAAUUUCCAUUGGUUGAUGUUGUUUGUUUUUCCUCCUUCCCAAAGUCAAAAGAAGAGGUGGAGCAGAUGUCGGAUAAAAUUGGAAAAGUUGUCUUCAAGAAAAGAAAACGUGGUACCUAUAGAGCACUAGGACCUAAAGAAUUACAUAAUGUGUGUAAAAACAUAGUGCAGUCAGAAGUGGAUCUUUCAAGUUGGGAACAUAAGAUAGAAGUAGACCAGGGUGUUGAGGCAGAUGACAGCAGUAGUGAUGAUUAUUCUGAUGACAAUGAUGAAGAUGAUGAAGACAUUGAUGAACAUCUCAAGCACAAAAACAAAGACACUAGUCAUGCAGAUCAUUCAUUCGAAGAACAUGAUAGAUACAGAGAUGGAAUUUUAACCAUUGGAUGUGUCGGUUACCCGAAUGUUGGUAAAUCUUCAGUUAUAAAUGGACUGAUGGGAAAAAAGGUUGUUAGUGUAUCUCGUACACCCGGUCAUACCAAACAUUUUCAAACAAUUUACCUCACACCAACUGUCAAACUGUGUGACUGUCCAGGCCUAGUGUUCCCAUCAAAGAUAGAUAGAAAUUUACAGAUUCUUGGUGGGAUGUAUCCAAUUUCCCAAGUACAAGAGCCGUAUUCCACCAUUAAUUAUUUGGCUGAGAGACUAGACUUGCCAAAACUCCUCCGGAUAAAACAUCUGGAUGAAGAUGUUGAUGAGAAAAGUUGCAAGUGGUCGGCAAUUGACAUCUGCGAAGCAUGGGCCGACAAGAGAGGGUUUCUGACAGCCAAAGCAGCUCGACUGGAUACAUAUAGAUCUGCAAACAAUUUGUUACGAAUGGCUCUUGAGGGAAGACUGUGUCUAUGUCUGUACCCAAAAGGAUUUGUGAAAAAUAAAGACUUCUGGGAGAAUCAUAGUGAUACAGCAGCUUUCAUUGACUUACAGAACAUGUAUAGACAGAAAGUACAAGCUUCUGCUAACUCUAAUCAGGAAUCAACUGACUCUUCAACCUCAGAGACAGAAUUAGACCAAAAGAAUGUUGAAGAAUCAUCACAAGGGAGACAGUCUGAGACAUUUACAUCUUCAAAUCCAUUUGCUUUGUUGGGGGAAGAGGGUUAGCGAAUGCUUUCAGAAAUGAGAAUUUUGUGUUCAGAACAUUGUGAUAUUGUUAAAGAGCCUUUUCUGCAUAACAAGAAAUAGAUAAGGGAGCAUGUGAUAUUCAUGAAGAAGAAGUUUGAAAUUUGAGGUAGUUCUGCUUGUGUGAUAAACCGGAAGUUUCUGGCGUAAUUUCAUUUAUCUGAAUAAUGUAGAACAAAGUCUGGUAUAACCCACAUAAUUGAAAAUCUGUUACUGAAAUAAAUGACAGUCCAUGAGAGAAUUUAUUAAAAUAACAAUGUUAACUUCCCUUUCAAAGAUAAAAUAUGAUAUUAAAACUUUUGACAUGAAAUAAGUUGAAAAAAUAUCUUCAAAUCAGCUUGCAAUGAGCAGACCUCUUUAAUAAUAGGCGAAGGUGUUAGAAGCUUGCAAUGAUGGAUACAAUUUGUUUCACUAUAUUAUAGCUAGCAUAUGUCAAUUAUAUCUGUCAGAAAUUUCAUUAACUUUAGCUUGCAUAAAUGUUGUCAAAAUAAUGAUUUCCUCAUAGACUUUCACUUAAUUAUUGUGUGAGGUUCAAAUUUUUCAAAUUGGUCUAGCACACAAUCUGAUGUUUUUUAUGCCCCCGAAGGGAGGCAUAUAGUUCUCAACUGUCCGUCUGUUCUUUAGUUUGUUUGUUCGUCACAACGUAAACUUUUUGCAUGAAGGCACUUUACUCGCAAACCACUGCACCCAGGACCUUCAAACUUCACAUGCUGAUAGUACUUAUUGAGUACAUGACCCCAACUGACCUUGGGGUCACUAGGUCAAAGGUCAAGGUAACCAGUCAAAGGUCAAGGCGCUGCGGGGGAAUUUGUCACCAUUAGUGACAGCUCUUGUUUAUUUGCCGAGUUUUCUAAGUACUGGUUGAAAAACCAAGGUUUAAUGAAAACCUACAUUGUUGAAAAAAAUUGAUCCAAACAUGCAUAACUACCUUAAUAUGAGAUGCAAACUAGGCAGAUUUCUUCAUGCUUUUAAAGAUUUGAAUAUCAGAAAUCAUAUUGUUUCAAAAUAAAAAAUAUAUAUGCUU